AUGCGGCCCGGCGCUGAGCAGAUUCAACAUGAGCGAUUCACGAUGACCUUCGACACCUCCCUCCGACCCUCUCCAGCCUCAUCCUCAUCCCAUCCGACCUCCAUAUCGUCCCUUGCCGAUCAUCAUGGCUGGCGGCAAGGUCGAUUUCGACCUCCAACCGACGGUGGCCCGGCUUCCAUCGUCAUAAAUAUCAAUGAUGGCGGAUCUACAGGCCGCGGUAUUCUUAUCGGAAUUUUAUCAGCGUUUGGUUCAGCUGGCGUCGCUAUUCUAGUUCUGGCCAUUUUCUUUUUCUUCAAAUAUACCUCUCGAGGUCGAAUAUUAUUAGAUCGGAUAGGCCGGCCCGGCGAAUUCGAUGAUGAACAAGCCUUUGUACAUGAAGAGGCCGACGCCCUGGAGACGAUGGACGAGCUGCAAAGGGCGGAAUAUCUGAGGGCCAAAGCGUUCAUCCAAGCGAACCCCCCCGAAUCCGUGCAAACAGAUAUUUCACUGUCCCAAUUUCUGGCCAUCCAAGAGAAGGGGGUGUCGGCUUGGGAAUUUGAGCCUGAGCUAGAAAUUGCCAAUUGUUUUGUUGAGGCGAGGACGGAGAUCGAGUUUUUUGAUUCCGAAUGCAGCGUUCAGAGCAAUUUACCAGUACCGAAACAAAACGAAGUAUACUAUUGGGAGGCGAAGAUUUACGACAAACCCGAGACCAGCUUGAUCAGCAUUGGAAUGACCACCAAGCCAUACCCUUUGUUCAGACUGCCUGGGUUCCACAAAACAUCCGUAGCGUAUGUGUCAACGGGACAUCGACGAUACAACCAACCGUUUACCGCAACUUCCUAUGGCCCUCCUUAUGUCCAAGGCGACGUAAUUGGAGUAGGAUAUCGCCCUCGGACCGGAAGUAUAUUCUUCACACGGAACGGCAAAAAGCUGGAUGAGGUGGUGCAUAAUCUGAAGAGUCAAAACUUCUUUCCCACCGUGGGCGCCAAUGGACCCUGCACUGUCCAUGUCAACUUCGGUCAAUUGGGGUUUGUCUUCAUUGAAGCCAAUGUCAAGAAAUGGGGUCUGGCACCAAUGACCGGAAGUCUUGCUCCGCCUCCACCAUAUGGCAGCGAGCAAGGGAGCAUCUUGCUUGAGACAGGAAGAGAGGGAAAUCGACAACCUACUUACGAACCUGGUCAUUCGCGAACCCGCAGCGGACUUGCAAGGAUUGGGUUUCCAGCCGGUAGUCCAGGACCAAUUCGGUCACCCACGGAUAUAUCACUGGCACAACUGGCACAUAUUUCGACCCAAGAUCUCCCCCAUCAAGGCAACAAUGUGCUCGACAUCGGUGAUAUCCAGCACCAACCGGUGGAGAACACACCAAGUGGGCAGCAAAUUAUUCCCCCCCCGGAAUACAGUAGCCCUCCAGAGAGUCGAAGGAGCAGUGAUGGAGGUGACGAGGGUGAAAGGAGAGAAUUGAUACAGAAUCGAGCAGGUCAACCACCUAUCCCUACUUAUGAUGCUGCUGUAGGUGAAGCGGCUGGACCCAGUCAUACAUGA